AUGAAGGGGAGAGAAGAACACGAGAAAGAGGAAGUGGCACGACGAUUUCGGUUCAAGUUGGCUGAUCCCAACUUGGAAUUCUGCCCGUCUUCAUGUUCUUCGCCAAAUUACUUAUGUGAUGUGCAGGCAGGCAGGCAGGCAGGCAGGUACUUUGUACUCCGUACUGCGUCCCUCGUGCCUUCCCGCACCGAGUUAUCUCGGCACAAGGCUAAAGAGCAGAAGUGGCAGGCGCACCAGAAGUUUCUGCAACCUUUAAACACCCAUAUAAAUCUGGAGAUCUGGGAUCUCGGACUGGGGCGGCCUGGAGAUCUGCAGCAGCAUUGCGCCGUCGGCCCAGUGAAACGGCCCAACGAGACGGCCCAGGCCCCUUGCAUCGACCUACCGAGGCUUACGGUUGACCCAAGCCCACGGCUGGAGGAUCUUCAGGUCAAUUUGUGGUUUGGGAUGGAGAAACAUACAGAACAUCUCAAGCAAACAACACAGGUAGGCCAUGCCAUGCCGGUUUGGUACAUUGUUCUCCUCAAGACCAUAGCCGUUCUAGAAGCGCUUACCCCACGCACCACCACAUGCGGCCGCUGA